UGUGUUUAAAAUUAUAAUAUUUUAGUGUUUUAUGUUGACCUCUAAAUAUAGAUAAGAGCGUUUCAUCAUGUCAGUCUGCAGUAACAUAUGUUAUUACUUCCGACUGUUCCUGGAUAGUGUGAUAGACUUUAUAUUUUCAUUAUAUUGGGAAUGUAAAAAGAAAACAAUACCAGAUUUGAGUGAAGAACAUGCUAUAUUAGCGAACAGUGCAGUAACGCUAGCGAGGAAGAUAAAAAAUAAAGAAUUGAAAUCUGAAGAUUUGGUGAAAGCAGUUAUAGAACGAAUUCAAUUGGUAAAUCCUAUAAUAAAUGCGAUAACAGCAGAAAGGUAUGAAGCUGCGCUAGAGGAAGCAAGAGAGGUAGACCGGCAGAUCGCCGCUGGCCUCUCGGAGGAGAUGGCCAAGAAACCUUUCCUUGGUGUACCAUUCACAACAAAAGAGAGUCAAGCCAUGAAAGGCAUGCCUAUCACGCUGGGUCUGUGGUCACGGCGGAAUGAUAUUGCCACAGAAGAUAGUGAUGGGAUCCUGGUAUUGAAGGAGGCUGGGGCCAUACCUGUGGCUACUAGCAAUCUACCUGAACUACUUAUAUGGCAAGAAACCCGUAACCCAGUGUACGGUAUGACCAAAAACCCGCAGCACACAGGGCGAAGCCCCGGGGGCUCCAGUGGCGCGGAGGCCUCUCUCACUGCGUCUUACGCUACACCGAUUAGUCUUUGUUCUGACAUAGGCGGGUCUACUCGUAUGCCAGCCAUGUAUUGUGGUAUAUUUGGACACCACCCUACCGCUGGUGUUACUAGCUCUAAAGGAAUCCUCUUCCGCGAAACGCAUUCAGACGACACAAUGUUCUGUCUCGGCUUUGUCACAAAGCAUGCAGAAGAUUUGGCUCCACUUACUAAGGUUAUAGCGGGGAAUAGGGCACAUGAGCUGAAGCUGGAUGCCGAUGUGGAUGUUCAGAAAUUAAAGUUUUACUACUUGGAGUCUAGUAAUGAUGGCCUAAUGAGCCCAAUGAGGCCUGAAAUGAAGGACGUUAUGAACAGAGUAACCAAAAACAUAAAAGAGAAACUAAAUAUAGAAGUACUUCCAUACCGCCAUGAGGGUUUCAACCACAUGUACAGAUUGUGGAGUUAUUGGAUGGACAAGGAGCCGGAGAAUUAUUUCACAUUAGCAAGUAAUAGCGAUAAAGAGCCUAGCGGUUUUAUUGAAUUAGCGAAAAAGAUGAUAGGGAUGAGCAAACACUGUCUAUUCUUAAUACUUCGUUUCAUAGAAUUAAGAUACUUACCUCUACCGAAUAGCAAAUGGGCGGAAGAGAUCACGCAAAACAUGAAAGAUGACUUAGCUAAAAAAUUAGGCGACAAUGGAGUCCUACUAUUACCAAGUGCACCACAAGCGACUCCCUAUCACUACUCGUGUUUCUUGAGACCUUUUAACUUCGGCUUCUUUGGCAUUGUUAAUGUACUGAAGUGUCCUGCUACUCAGGUACCAAUAGGCACGAACAGCAGUGGUCUUCCACUUGGUCUCCAAGUGCUUUCCACGCGAUACAACGACGCUCUCUGCAUUGCGGUUGCUAAAUAUUUAGAGAAAGAAUUCGGCGGUGCUAUUAUGCCUUGUAAUGUUAAAUAGUGUAAAUAGAAAAGUUUGUUAUUAAUUGUUUUUUAUCCAUUUUUAUCUUAUUUUUAUAUUAAGAAUAAGUUUUAAUAAAAAUACUGAAAGUGA